CACUCCGUAGGAACCGUACCUGGAUCCAGGGUUCGAGCGUUCCAUUUCUGUGCCUUACGUACGUUUAUACCGUAGUCGUAUCGGCCGGACGGCCCAGACCAGCCUGGCAUUCUCUCUUUAACUCAUUUCAUUGGGCGAGUUUCCUUGAAACCCCACGAACAAUCCCCUCCAAGUGGCCAUGUCAGACCUAGCAGUUUCACUCGUAAGAGGGCCCCUGAUCGGCACCUGCCUGGGUUCGUUCCUGUACGGCACUACGUGUCUGCAAGCAUUAUUUUACUUCCAGGCCUAUGCCAACGACCGACUGGGCCUGAAACUGACGGUCGCCUUAUUGCUGACACUGGAAACUAUCCAUGUUGCUCUGUCAAUGUGGCUAAUGGACUAUUAUCUGGUAAACAACUAUGGGAACGAGCGCGUACUGCAAUCUGCUACGUGGUUUGUUAUGGUUACAUAUAGUGUCGGAUUCAUCAUCGAUUCAUUCGUCUACCUCUACUUCACAUGGAGAAUAUGGAUGUUUACGAGAAAAUUGUGGAUUGUUUUCUUCAUGACUUCGGUUGCUCUGGCAAGAAUUGCGGGCGGUGUUGCUGCCAGCACGCUGAGCGUGCUGAGUUCGACAUGGGUCUCUUACCUUGAACGUGACAGAAGCCUGAUCCUUGCCGCGAGUUCUUUCUUCCUGAUCGGGGAUACUUUUUCAGCAUCCGUCAUGGCAUGGCAUCUUAGCAAGAGUCGCGACAAUACUCUGAAGCUGCAGCCAACGAACAUGUUAGUCACCAGGUGCAUUGCAUUCGUCGUAGCAACUGGAGGGAUUACAGUGGUGGUUGAUAUCCUCAUGCUUGUGUGGUAACCCAACCUCUUGGCUUCGGCUUCGUUGGACCCAUGUUUGUCCAGACACGCCUGUACUCCAAUUCCCUCCUUGCCUCACUGAACUUGAGAAGUGCCCACCAGCAAGCUUACGAAAACGCCUUGUUCAACCCUGUAGAGUUGCCUACGAGAUCGAUUGUGUUUGCGGCCCCACC